GCUUCCAUUGUUUCAUCCUUUAGCUUAAGCUUCCUCUUCUUCUUCUUUGUUUGUCAUUUGAAGUUUAUGGUUGAAAGUUCUCCAUUAGUUCCCGCCGUCUACAUCUUUGGAGACUCUUUGGUUGAUGCUGGAAAUAACAACUAUCUUAAUGCAUCUGCCAAAGCCAAUUUUCCCCACAACGGAGUCGACUUUCCACACCAACAAUACACCGGCAGGUUCUCUAAUGGCAAAAUCGUUCCUGAUUUUCUCGCCGAAGAGGUGAGUUUACCUCUUGUUCCACCGUAUCUCUCCCUUGCGGACGAGAAUGGAAGGGUAACAAAUGCGACGCCGUUUAGAACUGGCGUCAACUUCGCUUCGGGAGGAUUUGGAAUUUUGGAUGAAACAAAACAAGGCUUUAAAAAGGUUCCAAUUAAGAAUAAGGUUGAGAUGGAGCAAGAUCGACCAAUGCCGAUGAGUCAACAAAUAGCAUUUUAUUCAUCAGUAUAUGAAUAUCUCGUGGAAGAGCUGGGAUCUGAUGCGGCACAAGCACACCUUUCCCAAUCUCUGUUUUUUAUCGUGGCUGGAAGUAAUGACCUCUUCGCUUAUUAUGAGACUGAUGUGCACAAGCAUUACACACCACAGGCAUACGUGGACUUAAUGGUCUCCACUUUUGAGUCCGAGCUCAAGGUUUUGUACAAGUAUGGGGCAAGAAAAUAUGUGGUGAAUGGAGUUGGAUUAUUAGGGUGCAUUCCAUUUCAAAGGAUGAACAUCCAAGGGGGAGAAUGCAGAGAUGAAAUGAAUUAUUGGGCUGGAAAGUACAAUACUGCCCUUCGAUCUUUAUUACAUAGAUUGGAAAUGGAGCUCCCUGGCUUUGCAUACUCCUAUGGUGAUGUAUAUGCACUCAUCUCUCAUGUUAUGGAAACUCCAUCAAAAUAUGGAUUCAUCGAAAUUGAAGCAGCUUGUUGUGGGCUAGGACACUUGAACGCUGUAGUUCCUUGCAUACCAAUGGCGUCCCUCUGCCCAAAUAGAUCAGACCACCUCUUUUGGGAUCCAUUCCAUCCUUCUCAAAAAGUAAACCGCAUCGUUGUUGAUUACAUGUUUGAUGGCUUUAAUUUCACAUACCCAAUCAAUAUCAAAGAGCUCAUUGCUAAACCCGCAAAAAGUAUUGGAUAUUAAUACUACUAGCGUUCUAAAUGAAGUAGAAGCUAAAUAAAUGUAUGAAUCAAGUGAUCAUCUCUUGCUAAUGAAAAAAGUACUUGAGUAUUAUGUUUA